CAUGUUUGUGAAGAAACAAACCUCCUCUAUGUGCCUCUAAGGCUACCAGCUCCAAAUUCAGCCAUGGCUUCAUCGUAGGCACAAUUCAAGAAGAAGGAAGAACAAUCCCUUUAUCGUUGCAUUUGAAUCAAUCAAUGUCUUCCAGACGGCAUCUAUAAGGACCUGCGUCGGCUCUGUUUCGACCCCAUUUGGAUUCUGCAUUGAAUUUUGGGUUUGGAUCCUUGAAAGAUUGUUCAUGGCGCUAAAGUUUUCGACUCUGGGUUUGCCCGCCUUCUCUAUCGGCGGGCAAUCGAUUUCUCAUCUGCCAUGCCGUCGAUAUAAGGCUGUACCGGUAAGGAUUUUCGGGGGAAACAAUCGGUACCCUAGUUUUUGUUUGUCGAACUGUGUUCAAUUUCGUAGUUCUGGAAGCAUUCUGCGUACGAUUUAUGCAAAUGGAGCUCGGUUGGGAUGUGGGGAUAAUGAGAGCUGGAACAGCCUGAUUGUUCUUCAGCCGAAUCAAGAUUAUGUUAGAGAAAUAGCAAAGCGUUUGAUUGUUUUCACUGCAAUUGUCUAUGGUGUGUUCGUUGUUGGCUGUAAAAAUGUUUUGGCAACGGAGGGUGUGGUUAGUUUCGGCAAGGAUAUUGUUGGGCAGGGGAUAUCGACCUUCAGUGAUGCGUGGCCGAAGGCGUUGCUGGUUCUUAAGAUUUUCAAGGAGCAGGGUUUGAUUUUGGCUUUGCUUUUGGGGCUUUCAGCGUUUUUCUCUAUGGCUGAGACAUCCAUAACCACACUUUGGCCUUGGAAGGUACGUGAAUUGGCUGAAAAGGAACCUGAAGAUGGUGUCUUCAAGAUGCUUCGUACUGAUGUUACAAGAUUUCUCACAACCAUACUUAUCGGCACAACUGUGGUAAAUAUUGGGGCAACUGCAUUAGUCACUGAAGCUGCAACUGCAAUAUUUGGGGAAGCUGGUGUUAGCGCAGCAACUGGAGUGAUGACUGUUGCCAUUUUGCUUCUCACCGAACUCACUCCAAAAAGUAUUGCUGUGCAUAAUGCUACAGAGGUUGCUAGAGUUGUGGUCAGGCCAGUGGCAUGGCUUGCUGUGAUACUUUACCCAGUUGGAAAAAUUGUCACCUACCUUUCAAUGGGGAUGCUUAAAAUACUUGGUAUGAAAGGGAGAAGUGAGCCAUUUGUAACUGAGGAGGAAUUAAAAUUGAUGUUGCGAGGGGCGGAACUGAGUGGGGCCAUAGAAGAGGAAGAACAGGAUAUGAUUGAGAAUGUUCUUGAGAUAAAAGAUACACAUGUGAGAGAGGUGAUGACACCUCUUAUUGAUGUGGUUGCAAUAGAUGGCAGGGCGACACUGGUCGACUUCCACAAUUUGUGGUUGACUCAUCAGUACUCGAGGGUGCCUGUUUUCGAGCAGCGCAUAGAUAACAUCGUUGGGAUUGCAUAUGCAAUGGAUUUGCUGGGUUUUCUACAGAAGGGCGAAGUACUAGAGAGCACUACGGCUGGGGAUAUGGCUCAUAAACCUGCUUACUUUGUGCCUGAUUCAAUGUUAGUCUGGAAUCUUCUUCGAGAGUUUCGUAUCCGGAAGGUUCACAUGGCUGUUGUGCUUAAUGAAUAUGGCGGCACUGUUGGAAUAGUAACUCUGGAAGAUGUGGUUGAGGAGAUCGUCGGUGAAAUCUUUGACGAAAAUGAUUCAAAGGAGGAGAUCCAGAAGAAAACUGGGUAUAUUGUGAUGCGAGCAGAUGGAGUAUAUGAUGUGGAUGCCAAUACUGCAAUCGACCAGCUCUCUGAAGAUCUGAAUAUCAAAAUGCCAGAGGGUCAUCAAUAUGAGACGGUGUCGGGUUUUGUUUGUGAGGCUUUUGGAUAUAUACCAAGGACGGGUGAAAGCGUUAAAGUGGUCCUUGAAAAGGAAGAUGAAGAAGAAGAGUCCAUCUCUGAAAACCAGAAACGAAAGGAGAGACGCUUAAUCUUUAAUAUUGAGGUAUUAGCAGGGAAUGCUAGAAAGGUUAGUGUUGUUCGGUUUAAACGGGUGAACGGUGAUAGUGGUGAAGUGACUCAUCUUGUUCGAAAAGUCAUCAAGAAGAAAUGGAGCAGUAAUGGGGAGUCUGGUAAUGUAGCAAAUGAUAAUUUAUUGUUAUCAGAGAGACUUGACGACAGCCUCUCUAGAGAUCACCCAAAUGAUGAUCAUAGUAGUGAUAGAAAUUAGUGAGCAUAACCCAUUUUUGUUCCCCUCCAUCUUAACACCAUAUAGAAGGUGAAGUAUUAAAUAAAAGCACGAACGAACAAUAAACUAACGCUAUAUUUCACAGAUGAAGAGAGGUAUCAAUAUUUGAAUCAUCAACACAGUUUGUUCUGUGCAUGACUGUUUCUCUCGACCCCAUGUCUGAUAAAUUAUCUGUGACUUGAAGAUGAGAUUUUCUGGUUUCCAUGAUUGGGUGAAGGUAUGAAGAGCCUUGGAGUGAUGAGCUAGGUGGAUGAACUAGUUCAGAAUGGAAAAAUAAGCCAGUUUGCUCGGAGCACACUGCUGAAUUGGCCUGUAUCGACUCAGACGACAGCCUUCGAAACUCUUUCUGCUGUCUCAACUCUUUAGCUUUCUGCAAUCGUCUAAAUCUCUCCUGCAGCAAGGCAAUUGAGGAGUUCAUUGCCCUGGCAUUACAGUUUUCAUUACUCAUUGUCAAAGAAAAAGGGGAAAAAAAAAAAAAAAACAAUCUCCAACACUUCGUGUUUCGUGCUUCGCCGAAGAGCCUGUCAGGUAUCUCUUUGACGAAUAUUUGAGUAUCUGUAUCUCUAUUUAUAGGACAUGGGUAGGUGAUUUCUUGAACGUUAAUAGAUGCAUUAGUUAAUUUCAAGCUUUCGAUUAGAUUUUGAAUCACGAAAAUAAAGGGAAGAAGCAGGUGCCAAGAUGGAAACGCCAAGUAGAACUGGCCAGGAGCAAAGCUGAGUUUUGGUUGUUGGAUGUGAAGAAGGCAGAGACUUCCAAAGAGAGAGAUGGAUUGAGAGGCAGGAAUGUAGCUUUUGUAGGCGUUUGUUGAGUUCAAUUAUUGGAUUAUGAUUUCUAGUCUGUUUGUCUGAGGGGCUGCGCUGUGCCUUUUCAAUGGGAUUUUGCUUUGAAUGUACCUUUCUCUUUUUUCUCUCUUCUUUUUUCUUUUGAAUUAGAACUCAACAUGUGCAAUACACAAUGGUGGUAAAUGUAUCAUUUUGAGGUUCUUUUGGU